AUGAUGCACUACACGGAGCUGAACGUUGACGACCCCGUCAUUGAGGCGCUCGUGCACGUGCGGGCGCCGUUCCUGCUGCGCGCGCUCGUCGACGUUGGCGCCAUUGCGGGACUGACGUCGGUGUGUCUGAUGGCCUUUCUCGCCAUGCCGCGUCUGCUGCUGACGCUGGCGAAGGACGGCCUCAUCUCACCCGCACUGUCGCGGGUGCACGUGCGGUGGCACACCCCGGUGGCGGCGACGGUGUGCUCUGGCGUCGUCGGUGCUGCCGUGGCGGGCGUCUUUCCGCUGGAUAUGCUGGGCGAGCUCAUCUCCUUUGGGACGCUGGUGGCCUUCUUGUGCGUGUGCGUCUCCAUGUGGCGUCUGCGCUGCACGGCGCCGAACUUCCCGCGCCCCUUCAAAGCGCCUCUUUUCCCCUUUACACCGGCGCUAGGCAUUUUGUUUAACACGGUGCAGCUGCUCGCGCUUCCCCCGAGCACGUGGCGCAACUACAGCGUCGUCGUGGUCAUUGCCUUUUGCUGGUAUUUCUUCUACAGUCGUCAUCACAGCACACUGCAGGUUCACCCGUCCUCGGCGCUGCACAGAACGGAUCAUGCGCUCUCUGUCGGCGUGGCGGCCGCUGCGGUCGAUGAAGAAGGGAACGCAGUUGGUGAAGAAGACGAAGCCGACAUGCUUGCAGAAAUGGAGAAGGCCGAUCGAAGGUUGACGUGCAUCGAGGAAGACUCCCGAAUGACGCACGCCACUUUGAGAGAGGACGAUAUGCCGCUUCAUUGA